GUUGAUAAAUUAAAAUUAAACAAUUGACCGUAAUUUUUAUAACAACCACAUUAUCCGAAUAGUUGGCCGAAUAGAGAUUACUGAACACACGCAAAAAUGAGUGUUGACAGUCCAGAAAACGAGUGGGAGCUGAGCAAAGAAAAUGUCCAGCCGCUCAGACAAGGCCGAAAAAUUUCGAGUUUGAAUGCUGGAUUGAAAGUUAAUUCAGGCGAUCAAAUAUCGAGGAUAAAGGAAGAAAAACAUGUGUUUGAGGCCGAGCUUAGAACAUAUUCUGGAGAUGAUCCAAUUGAAGUUUGGUACAGAUAUAUUCUGUGGGCAGAGCAGUCAUUUCCCAAAGGAGGACGAGAUUCAAAUCUGACAACAAUAUUGGAGAGAUGUGUGAGACAGUUUAAAGACGUGGAAAACUAUAGAAAUGAUGAAAGAUACAUUUAUGCCUGGAUGAAAAUGGCAGAUGUAUGUAAUGAUCCUCUGGAGAUUUACAACUUUAUGUAUGAUCAGAAUAUUGGCUGUGAUCUUAGCUGUUUCUAUGAAGGUUGGGCGUGCCUGUUGGAACAGCUGGGUAACUACAAGAAGGCAGAUUCUGUAUACCAGAAUGGCCUGCGUAGAAAUGCCAAACCUUAUGAAAACUUGAAACACAGGCAUGAGGACUUUCAGAAACGUGUUGCUCGUAAAAUGGUAAAUGGUGGAGAAGAUUCCAUGGAUGGUUCCCAGGAGUCUGAAGGCCAGCAUAGACAGGUACUGUCACAACUGAGAACCAUGGGAAAACGAAAGCAGGCACCAGUUAGUAGAACAGGCAGUGCAAUACGUGGAAGUGCAGGUGUUCUGAGUGGGGCCCGGCCAAAGAUUGUGCCCCAGGUGAGUUCAGGUGAGAUACAGAUAUUCUGUGAUGAAAACCAGGAUCCUGCCAGUCUGCCCCCACAGACCGGCCAGUGGACAACAGUUCCUAAACGAGAUGUGACGAACAAAGAGAACGAAAAAAAGGCGGGAGUUUGGACAAAACAAAAGAUGGGCAAGCCAUCAGUGAGUGUUCCAAUCUCGGCUGUAAAUUCGUAUAAACAGCCAUCCUUCUCUGUUCAUGUUGACGAGAACAAUGAUCAAAACAUGAGGACGCCAGCAAAGUUGCCAGAAAUUGGAAAUCAGGUCCUCAGUUCUAGAAAAGAAGAUAAGACUACAACCAGCAGUUAUCUACGUACAAUGACCUCAACACAAGACAAAAGUGAACGACCAAUGUAUUGCAAGGAUAAGAUCUACUGUGGUGCUGAAGAGUAUUCAUUCGAGGAACUGAGAGCAAUACGCUGGAUGAAGAGGAAGGAAAGAGAGGAGGAAGAAAGGGCUGUAGAAGAGGUGCGUGCCAAGUUGCAGCAAGAGCGUCAGCAGUUGCUGGACGAAGCUGAGAGAGUUAAACAGCAACGAUUGCAACUGCAGAAUGAGGAGAAAGCUAUGUUAGAGGAAGCUCGGAGAAAGCGGCAAGAAAUCCAACAACAAAUGGAGAGAAACAGGCAGGCAGAGAUACAGCGGCACCAGGAAAUGUUGGAGAAAGACAUCCAGAGUCGACUACAGGAACAGAAUGUACGGUCCCAGGAACUUGCAUCUGCAUCAAAGUCUCAACUGUCAGCACGUCAGUUGUUGUUUGAAGAUGGUUGCCAUGGAAACACAGAGAAUAUACCUCCACAGAUGAUGGCCCAGCUCCAGGCUUCCAGUAGCAAACGUCCUCUACAACAGCAGCAACAGUGUUUAACAGCUGGGAACCAGAGUCUAAACUCUAGCAAUAGAACACCAAAUUCAUUUGCCAGCAUAAGCCAGCCCCAGUCAGCAGAGAGCUUUGAUAGGACAAUGAGUGGAGCACCGUCCCCUACAGUAAAUACUAAGGAAGCUAUGAGACUGGUGAUGGGAAUGUUUAAUACUUCACUAGAACUUGAUAAACCUGCUCCAUCAGAGGAUAUACAGAUGAUUGAGCCAGAACAACCUGUCCAGCCUGCAGGGUCUGGAACUGCCGGAAGUGGCCUACCUUUCAUGAUAUAUGAUGAGUCCCAGGAACAAAAGAAAGCACCACCUAAACCUUUUGCUGCUCCAUUCACAGUAUUUCAAGAUGAAAACAACAGUAUUCCUUCAAACAACACAUCCACAAGAAACACCAGCAUAAAGCCUACGUUUCAUCAGCAGUCUCGAAGUACCACUUCAGAAAAUAUACGGGAACCAGCUACACGAUCUUUGCAACAUGUUACGAUUGAAAGACUUGAAGAAGUAGUUGAAGAGUAUUUCUCUGAUUCAUCAACCAUAUCAGAUUCGGAUUCAACAACACGAGUGCUAUUUAGUUACUCUAGUAGCUAUUCUAAAGGGAAGCCAAUGUUUGAAGACGACAAUUUCGAGGGUAUUGAGUCACAUCCUAGAGAUGAUAUUACACUGGCACCUGUUGGUUCUCACCUGAGCUUUGCUGCAGCAGCCAAAUUUGCCUCAACACCUUUCAACCCCAACUCUUCAGGUGGAGCUCGUAACAGUCCAAGCCUUGAUGUGAGUGACAUUGAGAUGCACGAAGAUAACAAACAUGAACCAGCAGCACCAGCAGGACCAGAAACCAAUACUGAAGACAUGGAACACCAGGAGAGUAAAGAUCAGACAGCCAGUAAUUCAUCUUCUAACUCAUUCAGAAAAAAUCUCAGCCCGAUAAUGGAGGGUUCAUCUGAAGAUUCUAGUGCAAACAGCAAAUCGAGUAAACUCCACCAUACAACAAUGGAAUCACACCACGUGCUAUCAAAAGUUAAACUUACACCUGUCAUGGACCAGUCAGAGGACACUAUGAGUCUUCUACAAGCUGUAGAUGAUGGGAACCAGUCUAUGCACGUGAUCGACACAUCCGCUUACAUUCCACCAGAUUUGGAUGAGAAAACGGAACAGCUCAUGUCAAUGUCCAUAUGCAUCGUGGAUCCAAAAGAUCCGUUUGAUAGGGAAGAUAGGGAGAAAAUGUUGUCCCACCUGAAAACUCCGCUACAUCACUUUGACACCUAUAACAAGUUAGAUGAACACAUGCCUAGUGUUAGAAAGGGAAAUAUCCUCUCUUUAGGUUUAGAGGUAUAUGAAGUUAUGGAGAAGAUAGCUGAGGGAGGUUUUGCGAAAAUAUAUCUUGUUGAAGACAAUGAGCUUGACCUGGGAACAAGAAUGAUGGAUGGAGAAUCAAGUGUCAAAUCUACUCUGGCUAUCAAGGUUGAAGAGCCUGCCCAGAAAUGGGAGUUCUAUAUCUGUAACGAGCUUCACAAUCGACUGUCAAAGCUGAAUGAUCCUGUAGAUGUGAGACCAAGUGUAAUGCAGAUAAUCAAUGGAUUUUUCUUCGAGAACGGAAGUAUCUUAGUCACCGAGUAUCAGCCUCGAGGAACCUUGCUGGAUUUGGUGAACAAGUGUAAGAAGAAGAAUCUGCAGUCUGAAGCGAUUAUUCAGCAUCUAGAACCUGUGAUGGCAUUCAUGACGAUAGAACUACUGCAUCUCAUAGAGAAUAUACAUAAAUGUCACAUCAUACACGGUGAUAUCAAGCCUGACAACUUCCUUGUGCUGCAGUUCCCUCGUCUUCCAGUGAGUACAGAUCCUUUGGUAGUGUUCGGAGGUACCAGCAGGUUUGUUCAGUUGAUAGACUUUGGACAGAGCAUAGAUAUGUCCAAAUACCCAGCAGGUACAACCUUCCUGACCAAAGUCAACACACAGUGCUUUCAGUGUAUAGAGAUGAAAACGAACAGACCCUGGACAUACCAGACUGACCUGUUUGGACUGGCCGGUACAAUCCAUGUGAUGAUAUUUAAUCAGUACAUGAAAGUUUACCAGGAAGGUGGAAUCUGGAAGAUGACGUCCAAAUUCACCAGAAAUUGGAAUUCUGCUUUGUGGAAGAAGUUAUUUCAUCAGUUACUGAAUGUACCGAGCUGUGACGAGCUUCCAGACAUUGCUGCAAUAAGACAAGAGUUUGAGAACUACUUUGUUAAUGACUUGUUACAGAAAUACAAUACGCAAUGUGGAUCGUUUAACAAAACUAUUGCCAGCCAAUGAUUGGCUGUCAGUUCUACAUAAGCUUUAAUACUGCGAAAUCAUUAAACUUUAACCUGCUGGCGGCGGGAUUUUGCCUUUGUGACCAGUGCGGAGCAACAUCUAUGCAGACUGAUCAUGGUUUGUACGGUUUGUAAUUCAGUCAAUAAAUUUUCAGUGAACAAACAUUUAAAUAAUAAGUGACACUUCCCUAAUUGAACGAUGGACAAGUCCAUUUUAGAAAUUUACCAGGGUAAAGGUUAAUAUUUGUUGGGGUAUUCCAUGGUUGAGUGAAUCCACAAAAUAAAAUGUCAAUGAAAAAGUAAAAUUCCUAUGCAUUUUAUAUUCAAAAUUAGAAACCCACAAUUUUAUACUUCCACGAAAUAGCCAUUCUGGUACAAACAAACAGAUUUUUUUUUCAAGUAAAUUUUAAUGAUUUCAGAGUAUAGUUACUUGAAGUUUGUUGAUAGUUUACUUCACAUGAUACGGUUUUGUACAGAGUAUUAUUAGUUAGCAGAAUAGAAUAAAUGCAUAUUGACUACAAGAAUAUUAUGGGCUGUGCUACAGAACAAAAUGGUAGAAAAUGAUACUGCAGGUGUUCAUUGUCCAAUUAGAAUAAUCUAUUUGCAGCAAAAUUGUUCAUUAGGUCUUGUUUGUGUUGAGUUCAUGUUUUCCAACAGUUGUGGUUUUUCACAGGGAACAUUUAGAUAAAAACAGGGCAUGUGGAUGAUAUUAAGAUUAGAAGAAGGCAUUCCUUUGACUAUAAUUAAAGACGUUUCAAAGAAAAUAUAAUCUGAUUGUUUUGGUCAUUGUCCUUUAUAAGGUACACUCCUACAAUACAUUUAUAGUAACAGUACAAGGAUUUCCUUUAAAAAUAGCCUUUAACAAGUAAAAAUUAUUAUAUAUAUUCAUUAACAUUUUAAGUUUAAACAUCAUUCUUAGAGUGUAAAAGCUAUAAUUUGUUUUUGCUCUGUCACUGUUAAAUAAGCACAGAUCAUAAUGAAACAUUGCAUGAAUGUGCAUUCUGAGGCUAUAGACAGCUUUUGAAAAUUUCAUGGGUAUAAAUAAGCAAGAAACAAAGGUAUGGUAGAUUGAAAAUUCAAAUUCAUUGUUGAAAAUAAAGUCUGUAAGAAGAUCCUUUAGAAGCAUAGAAUGCAAUCAAGCAAAUUAUUAUUAUUAUGCCCCCGAAGGGAGGCAUAUUAGUUUUCAACUGUCCGUCCAUUCGUCACAACGUUAACUUUUUGCAUGAAGGCACUUUACUCACAAACCACUGCACCCAGGACCUUCAAACUUCACAUGCUGAUAGUACUUAUUGAGUACACGACCCCUAUUGACUUUGGGGUCACCAGGUUAAAGGUCAAGGCGCUGCGGGGGCAUUUGUUACCAUUAGUGACAGCUCUUGUUAUUAUUAUUAUAACAGAUUUAUAUAGCGCCCAAAUUAAUAGCAGACUCAGUUGGAUUGAGACUGUCCAUGUGUGGUAAUGAAAUGUGCAACACCACUCAUGCCCCAAGCACCAGCUUUAGUGGAAUUCAGUAACAGUGUAAUUGAGUGUACUCCAUGAAAGUAAGAAAAUAUAACAACACUAAGUCCAAGUACAUGGAGACUUUUUACAGCCGCCACAUGGUACUUACAAACUGCUGUUGUGAUAAGUGUAAGACUCAGUUUAAGACUUACAACAUUAAUGAAUACAGGCCCUGGAUUUUUACAUACUUUAUUGUGAACACUUGGUUAAUUGAAAUUUACCUUUGAGAUUUUCGGUUUAGUGUUACAUGUAUGAUAAGGCUUAAUUUUUAAAGUCUCGGAUUGCAUGACAUACGUUUGCAUAUGGCAAUGAAAUGUAUUGAAAAUACAUGUACAUUAUAUUAAUUUAUUUACAUUAUAAAACAUUCCUAUUGAGAAAUAUUAAUCUAUAUGUAAAUAAACUAAUUUAUGUAUAUCAUUUUCACAGCAUACAGUCACAUCUGUAUUAAGCAGCCACUCAAGAGAGAGGCACAGUCUGGACGCUUAACCCUUACCCUGCUAAAUUUCUAUAGUGAACUUGUCCAUCUUUCAAUUUGGACAGUACCAUUAACUGUUAAAAGGGGUGCUGACCAAAAAGAUACUGACUGAAUGGCGAACAGUGCAGAUCAUGAUCAGACUGCUUGGAUGUGCAGGCUGAUCAUGAUUACACUGGUCGCAAAAGCAGAAUCAUUCGUGUCCAGCAUUAUAAGGGUUCAGGCAGAUGGCUGCUUAAAGGGUUGUUAAUCAGAUUUGAUCAGGUAAUGGAUUUGAUUAAAAGUUUAACAUAUGGUUAUUUAUGCUUAUUUGUGUUCAUUGUCAAUAAAUUUGAAUGCUUACUACAUGUUCGAUUUUAGCUGGCAGUAUUUCUAAAAUUUUGAUUUCACUAUCCUGUUUGCUUAACAACAAUAGAGUUAUUUUAGCAUAUGUUUAAAUUUGAUAAACAUACUUUGCCAAAGGAACAUGAUAAGUUAAGAAUUAUUGUAUUAUAUUUGUCAAAGAUUAACAUGAACAAUUAUAUAUAUUUAGCCUAAAUUCAUGAGAAAUGCCGAGUUUGUAAACUUAAUAAUACCUUUGAUCGAUUUGAAAUCAAUGAAUCAGGAAGCUACACACUAUUUACCAUUUUAUUCAGAUUAUUGCAAUAUCUCAAUAUCUAUCAAAUGCAAAUGUAAAACUAGUGAUUUGGUUGAAAUCAAAUAAAAUAGUCCAUUUUUUUAAUACUUUCAUGUUAAAGGGGAGUAAUUACAAAAUUUCACACACAAAAAAAGAGUGAUAAGACAUAUAUUUCUAAUUGGGAUCUAAGUCUAUGUAAUGGGUCUUUUUGUUCAUUAAAUAAGUCUUACAGAAUACACUAAAAAUGAAAAAUGUCAUUAAGUGUAUUUGGGAAGUUAUCCAUCUAGCUGCUUAAGACAAGUGGUUGAUUACUACAGAUGGCCACAAGACAGGUUCCACUGUACUUUCAGUUCUUGCUAGACAAUUGAUUCUUUGAAUAAUUUGCAGCCCUUGGCAAACAAAAAACAUGCCAUUAUAGCACUGAGUGUUUAAACUGAUAUUUAUACAAAUAAAUGAUUAAAUAUAAAAUUUUAUCUUGAGUUUGAACACUUAAGUUUACAUUUCAAGUUUUAUUGUCUUUCAAGUGAAAUAAGGGUGUUACGGUAAUAAUUAUAAAAUUGUCAUCAGGGAAAGUAUGUUAUAGAAAAUGGAAGUGAUAAGUUGAGAAUAAACCCAUACAUGAGGGGGAAAAAACUAGGGAUAAAAGCUGAAAUAUUCGAAUAAGUUAUGUUUUAAAUUGACAACCAAGAUAACCUUUUGGCCUUAGUUACAGAUAUUUUUGAACUUACAGUUAACCUAUUUUUGAAUGCUUUUGUUACUGGGCCCACCUGGUUAGUUUGGUAGGUAAAGCCCUAGACUGUAAAUCAAAAGGUCACAAGCUUGAUCCCUGGGUUGGUUUAUGCUCUGUAUGGCAUUUUGAAGAAAACAAAGUGUUUAUAGUCAGUCACCUCAUUUGUCAAUUACUUGCAAAGGUCAAGUCAGUACUGGUAUAAUAACUGAUCACAAUGCUAUGUAGCUGAAAUACUGUAGAAAAAUAAAUGGUCUGGAUUAGAAAAAGAAAGAAAAAAUUACACAAGUUUCUAUAACUCUUUUGAUGAGAUUAGCAAAUACUUCGUUGUCUAAAAUAGCUAUUUUCAAGAUUCAGUAUAGUAAUAUAAGAAAGUGUUAAAGUGUUGUGCUUGUUCUUUGUUCUGAAAAAGAAAUUCUGGUAACAAUUAUGUUUGCAGUAAAAUAUGUGAUAGUGGUAAUCAUUAACUGUCUCGUUCAUACUGUUUAAAGCUGCUCACGAACAUUCGGGGAGAAUAUUUUGAAGUUUCUUAUGUACACAAGUCUGAUGGAAAAUCAACCCCUGAGAAAUAACAAAAUAAGCAAAAUCUGGUAUCAAAACGUUGUUGUUGUUGUUGUUGUUGAUUUUGGCUUUUGGCGACUUUUCAAGCUUUUGGUAGUGAAAGAAGACCCCAGGUGCCUCGCCAUGCAUUGUUUCAGGGAUGGACAGGAACCUGGUUAGAACCACCAACCUUCCCUGUCAAAAAUUAGUGAAACCCUCACUUAGCAUACUGCUUUCAUCCACCAUUUCAAAAGUGUCUGACAGUUUACUCUAGUUGUAUGUUUGCUUUUGUGCUUUCAAAGGAUCAUUUGCUUAAAAAGAUAAAGUUUGUGCCAAAUGCCACUAUUUAUGAAGUACAUUCUUAUACAAUUUUUUGGAGGACCAAGUUUUCGAGUGGUGCUAAAAAAGGUGAAUGAAACAGUUUAAAAUCAGUUAACAAAAUAAAUACAGUACUUCUUGAAAAUUUUUAUAUAUACUUUUGUAUACUGUAUUGUGUUCAGUUAAGAUGCAAUAUGCCAAAUGUGUUCAGAUGUUUUAUAAAUUUACGAAUUACCAAAUAUAUGUGUAAAUAUGUGUAACAAUUGAUGAAUAAUUUUGUCACAAAUGUAGAUGAAAACCAGGACAAGAGUCUACAUGAAAAACCUGUUGACCUGUAGAGAUGAAUGUAGUAUAAGACCAGUUACAGUGUUGCAUGUUUUCUAUGGUUUAAAGCUACUUGCAGAGGAAUGCAGACAAAAUCUCCUCUGUUUAAUUUGACCAAAUUGGACACAAUUUUCGCUUGGAUUUUUUUUUAAAAUUAUAUCAAGAUUUUAACUUUAUUCCUUUUAGAAAAAUUAUAAUUAUUAUCUUAAAAAUAUAUAUCUUUUUUUUUUUCUAAAUUACUGUUCCCAUUUUUCAUUUCAAAGUUUUUAUUUAGCAAAUUCAAGGUGGUGGGGGCGUGUUGUCUUGCCUUGGUCAAGUUGAGCAGGAGGAUUUUGUCCUAAUUUCACUCGCCAACAAUUUGGGUGAAAUUUUUCAACAUGUUCAUUUCCACCAAGUUGGGCAUAGAAUGUAUAUAUGACAUUGAGAAAUAGUAAUGUGAGUGAAAAAUAAGUGUUGGAUUUUGUUGUUGUUGUGUUUUUUUAAAACAAGAAUAUGUUGAUUUUCUCCAUUUUUUCAAAAGUGUGGCAAACGUUAAUUGGUAUGAUAUCUUGCAAAAUAUUGUGUCAGUAAGUUUAUGCCACUGGUUAUUUUUGCAGUAGCCACAUUUCGUGGAUUUUUUGAGAGAGAAAAAAUUUUAAUCUAAAAUGUGCGAAUGAGUGGCUUUCAUAUAUGAAAAAAUGAACUAAAAAAACAUGCAAGUUGUUUGUUCUGUUCAGCUAGAUAUUUUUAUCAUAAUUUAGUUAUUGAGCAUGUGUUUUGUGAUUGACUAUCUAUGGCUGUGUAUUAUGUGUUCUUGCUAUUUUUUGGAAAAUAAUGCAUAUGUGUGCAAGCAAAGUAAAAGUACAUGUAUAUAAUCUAUAUGUAAACAUAAUACAAGUUAUGUACCCUGAAUAUAGUAAUUUAUUUGUAAAAAAAAAAGAUUUUGGAUAAUUACCAUGUGAUUAUUCAAGUUUUGCUGCAUGAUUUGGAAAAGUGCACAGAAAAAAAUAAAUAGAAAAUGUCAAGA